CUAUCUUGGUUUUGUACAUUGGUGAUACUGUAGAAGAAGAUUAAGUAUUGUAAACACAGGGAUAUGGCUGACGAGAGGGGUGGAGGUGAAGACAACAUAAACGACAACAUGGGGAACCAGCUACAGCUUGUACCAGACAACGAGGCAGAGGAGGAGGAAGAUGACAUGGAGACUGAGGACCGAGACAAUGAAGACGCAGGGAAACCAAGCGUCAUCACCUUUGACCCCAGUCUUCCCACGUCACAUUCUUACCUGGGCUCAGACAUGGAAGAGUUUCAUGGCCGCACAGUACACGAUGACGACAGUUGUCAGACCAUCCCUGUGCUGCCACACACAGCUGUGAUGCUGGUGCCAGGUCAGACACUGCCUCUGCAGCUCUUCAGGCCACAGGAGGUCAGCAUGAUGCGGAGCGUCAUCCAGAAAGACCGCACCUUUGCUGUGCUCGCACACAGUGAUGCAGGUGAGCCACAGGCGGAGUUUGGGACAACAGCAGAAAUCUAUGCAUAUCGAGAGGAGCAGGAGUAUGGCAUUGAAACUGUUAAAGUGAAAGCAGUGGGGAGGCAGAGAUUCAAAGUCCAUGAGAUGAGAACUCAAGCAGAUGGGAUCAGACAAGCAAAAGUACAGAUUCUUCCAGAGCGAAUCCUUCCAGAUCCCCUCUCUGCAGUGCAGCUCGCUACCCUCUCCAGGCUCCAUGUGCACCCCUCAUCCAAACCCCCGAGUCAGAACUGCAAACAGGCCCAGUGCUGGUGGAAUAACUAUCAACAGAGGAAGUUUCAUGGUGCCAGUCUGACACAAUGGCCACCCUGGGUCUACGCUCUCUAUGACUCAGAGUCGCUCAUGAACAGGGUGAAGAAACAGCUCCAUGAAUGGGACGAGAAUCUGAAGGAUGACUCCCUCCCGACGAACGCCGUAGACUUCUCCUACAGAGUGGCCGCCUGUCUGCCCAUAGACGACGCUCUGCGGCUCCAGCUGCUGAAGAUAGGCAGUGCCAUCCAGAGACUUCGCUGUGAGCUGGACAUCAUGGACCGGUGCACAUCACUGUGCUGUAAGCAGUGCCAGGACACAGAAAUCACCACGAAAAAUGAGAUCUUCAGCCUCUCUCUGUACGGGCCCAUGGCUGCAUACGUCAACCCUCAUGGUUACGUCCACGAAACUCUGACCGUCUACAAAGCCAACAACCUCAACCUAGUUGGCAGGCCAUCCACACUGCACAGCUGGUUUCCUGGGUACGCCUGGACGAUUGCUCAAUGCCGAAACUGUGGGUCUCACAUGGGCUGGAAAUUUACAUCCACAAAGAAGGACUUGUCUCCGCCCCGUUUCUGGGGUCUGACACGUUCAGCCAUGCUGCCCCGUAUCCCCCAGGGCGAGGGUGAUGAUGGGAGAGACGGCUCCCGCCUCUUCUGCCUGUGAUGUUGAACUAUUGGAUUAGAAAACCUGCAAACCCUGAAGGAAAAAAAAAAAAACCUGGAAAUUCAAACACUCACUGGCUGUGAUUACUUUGAAUAAUUAAUGCAUCCCACACCGCCUGUCAUAUGUCAGCAGAUCCAUCAUAUAGAUAGCUCAUUUAGCCUUUGGAUGGAGCGCUUGGAGCGAAUUCAAACAGGCUGCAGGAAGUGAUUGCAGUGCAGGGGCAGUGUUGAGACAGCUCAGUGCUUUCUGAUGAAAAGAGGGGGAAUAGAGAGUAGCAGAUUGAAUGAAUGAUAUGGUAGCUUUCCAGCAUGCACCUCUGUUCAGCUGAUAUCUUGCCCGCUGCAAACACACAAACUCAAAUGCAGAGCUCAGUGCAUAAAGCUCCCUCACCAUCUUUCCCCUGUGUGUUAGUGUAUGUGACUGCAUGCAGGUGAGACGGAGGCAAUGAUGGCAAGCAGGCUGGGUGAGCCACUAUAAUCUGUUAUGAAAUAAACCAGUAAUUACAAAUUCACUUAACAUUCAUAUCCUUUGUUUCUCAGAUAUGUUUCUGACGUACUUUCAGCUGCUGUAUGUCAGUCCAGGAAACAGUAAAUAAACAUGUACGUGUAGCUCUGUCUCUGCGAGGAAUAUUGUACAUUUGGAACUAAAUUGGAUGUAUUUUUGUACGCAGAGAUUGGAAAGUAAUUGAACAUACUCUUCCAUGUGUGGUACUGUGCUUUUGGUGUUAGACUUGAUCUAAUCAGUGUCUGUUUCGUAUUCAAAGAAGACCUAUUGUCGAAUCAGAUUAUGUCCAGCAGGAAAAAAGCUUUAUCCCUGGUGGUCCUGAUGCUGAUAUGGCAGGCGGUUGUUUUAUAAAGGUCAGAGCUGAUUAAACCAGAGGGCAAGUAAAGCAUUAACCUGUCCUCAUUGAGUUUUUCAUGUUGGGUGUCAUUCAUAAAUAGGGAGCCUAUGCACCAUGUCAGUGUCCUUGGUGAAUGAUGAAUCAGUGAACCUGGACAUGAAUGAGAUAUUGUUAAAGAUACAAGUGACAAAGAGAUUGAGAAUAAAUGUUAUAUUUUUUAGAUCGUCCUUAGUUUAUGGUCUCAGAGUUUUCAGGAUCUCACUGCUUGCUGUUCUGUCGCAAGUUGCUGGCUCACAUUAAUAUAAAUGUGAAUGUAAAUAAAAGGCAGAUAUAACAUUUGUUCUGUGAUAAAGCUGGUGUUUUACUGUUAUAAGAGCCCAA